CCAACCCAGGAGGGAGGAAGACAACAAUUUUUUUUGAUGCAAUUAUUUUGGGGCUAAGUAGCAAUAUUUCUUCUGCUUUCCAGCACAAAAAAAUAAUAAAAUGCCCUUAUUUGAAGGGUUGGGAAGUGGAGGAGAGAAGACUGCAGUCGUCAUUGAUUUAGGAGCAGCUUACACAAAAUGUGGCUUUGCAGGGGAAACGGGGCCCAGGUUCAUCAUUCCGAGCGAGAUUCGGAAGCCCGGACAGCAACAGGCGAUCAAAGUGGUUCAGUACAACAUCAACACAGAAGAGUUAUAUGUCAACCUCAAAGAGUUUAUCCAUACGCUGUACUUCAGGCACCUGUUGGUGAACCCUCGCGACAGAAGGGUGGUCCUCAUCGAGUCCAUCCUCUGCCCAUCCCACUUCAGAGAGACCCUCACCAAGGUCUUCUUCAAACAGUUUGAGGUGCCCUCUCUACUGUUUGCACCCAGCCACCUUAUGUCCAUCAUGACCCUCGGUAUCAACUCUGCCCUGGUGAUGGAUUGUGGGUAUACAGAGACACUGGUGCUACCUGUCUAUGAGUGUACCCCCAUCCUGCCAGCAUGGGAAGCUUUGCCUCUGGGCGGGAAAGCCAUCCAUAAAGAACUGGAUGGGCUUCUUGUGGAGCAGUGCACAGUGGACACAGACUCAAGCACCGGACAGACUGUACCUGCUGUCAUUGGAACUAUCCCAGAGGAGAUUGUGGAGGACAUCAAGGUCAGAACAUGCUUUGUCAGUGACCUGCAGCGAGGCCUUAAGAUCCAAGAAGCUAAAUUUGACAUGGAUGGGACCGCAGAACGCCCUGCCGCACCCCCUGAUGUUGAUUACCCGUUGGAUGGGGAGAAAAUAUUGCAUAUCAAGGGAUCAAUCAGGGACUCUGUUAUAGAGAUGCUUUUUGAACAGGACAAUGAAGAGAAGAGUGUUGCCUCUCUAGUACUUGAUGCUCUGGUCCAGUGCCCCAUCGACACACGUAAGGUGCUCUCAGAGAACCUGGUGGUGAUUGGUGGCACAGCCAUGCUGCCUGGUUUUCUGCAUCGACUACUGGCCGAGAUACGCCUCCUAGUGGAGAAACCCAAGUACUGCGACAUCUUGGCCACCAAGAGCUUCCGCUUGCACUCUCCACCUGCCAAGCCCAACUGCACUGCCUGGCUCGGAGGUGCCAUCUUUGGAGCACUGCAGGACAUCCUGGGCAGCCGCUCGGUUUCACGGGAUUACUACAACCAGACAGGGCGAAUCCCCGACUGGUGCUACCUGAGCUCUCCUCCCCCCGAAUUGGUCUAUGACGCAGGAAAAACCCCUCCUCCUCUUAUGAAGAGAGCCUUCUCCACAGAGAAAUAGACCCUCACAAACAGUCUACUUCUGUCCCUCUCCUCAAUGCAACAACUCAGUAACCUUGGAUGUUACGUCCCAACUCAAACCCAUUUAACAAACCCAUUUAACAUGGGUUUGUGUUGGGAUGCCAUCCACCAUCAUUCAUAUGUACUGAUCCUAGACUGGUGGUUGAUGGGCCGUGUGAGAUUGAAGUCAGUGGAGGGUAAACUGUUCUUUUACCUGACCAGUCAAGAUGUGGGUUUUGGGGCAGUUCCACCACAGGACCACCUUAUGGUCUUCCUCAUCUACAUUCCCUACUAAAUUCCAACCUCAGUGUAUAGGAGAGAACAGCGUUUUGAUUUCAACCUGUUUGUCCCUCAUUUCUUGCUCAAUGGGUCUUUGUUAAUUUGUUAGAGGCACCAUAAUCCUGAGUCCUUGAAACGAACAUGAAAUUACAUUUGAAUUAGGAUUAGGUGAAAUGUUUUGGCCCUCAGCAUAGACAACCCGUAGUACAUUAUGCCAUCUCUACACUGGUUUGAGAGAUGAGAGGCGUUAAGAUGAAGGUUUUGGUUCUCGGGGUGGCCAGGGAGCUCACCGAGGAACCCAGAGAUAACAGAACCACUGUGUGUGUCCAUUAUUUGUCAUGGUUCCUGUUGAUUUGAACCCACGGUCUGUUAAUACAAUAUAACUCACUGUAGAUAGGAGCAUCUGUCAUACUGUAAAAUGCCUUCAAGGGCAGACAUAUGGAUUUGAUUCAGUCAUAAUUUUUGUGUUGAGUUAUACUGUUAUUUUUAUCACUUUGCACGCUAUAGCGCUCAAGGUGAUCCAUUUGAAAUUUGAAGAAAAUAUGAGAUUCUCCCGACAAGCGGUCUGCUUCAUUAUAAUGAUGUAGAAAGUGCAGCCCCGCUGUUUAAAACGCAACUCCCACGUACAGGAUUUCAACAAGUUAAAUGCUUUGUCUAUUUAUUGUUUUUGCUUUGCAGUGGAAAGAAGCUGUUUAAGUAAGAAAUGGUGCACCCAUUGCAGUUUUGCGCUGUAACCCCUAAAUUUAGUCGAUACAAAAUAAAUAUUCCUGGAAUCG